GCUUAGCUGUAUGCAUGUGCACGUGCGCACACGUUUUGCAUCUAGCGCACAAAAGAAAUUAAUAUGCACUAAAAGGUUAGUUGCCUAAAAUAUAUUAAUUAGCAAUUAUACUUAUUGAAAAUAAACCUUUAGUUAAGUGUGUCUUUAAAGUUGUUCGUCGGUUUUUCAAAUACUACGUUUGCACAACCAAAAUCUACGACUCCUGUUCUGGUUUUUUCGGCAGCAACACGGCUGAGCCAUUCAUGUUUUAUGGACAAUCGUGAAGUUUAGGAAGAUCCGGAGAUGUUUCCAAUUCUGCCGAUAGCUUAAUUUUUAUACCAAAAGAAUAUUGGUUCACUAUGUCGGAUACAAAAGAAGAGAAAGGCGUAAAGCGCAAAAGAACUGCAAGUUUGUUUAAAGAUGAAUGGCUUAAUAAAAUCGUAGAAACAGUUACACCGAAAGGUCACGAGGUCAUGCACGUUCAGUUACGAGAAAUCUUUGUGUACGAUUCGGAAAUUGGAGUCGUCUGUUUGUAUUGUCGUGACGCGAAAGUUGCCGGAGUAUUUGCUAGUGGAAAGAAGUGGGGUGAUAUUUGGAAACUUGACUUUCUGAAGCGUCACUUGACGAGUAAAUCGCAUUUGCACAGCGUUCAAAAGCUCAGACAACAAAACUCGUCAUUUCCCUUUACAGGAGUGAUGCGCAUGUUACGCAAGAGUGCAGAUGAACGAGAGCGGAAACGAUCAAACCCAGAGGAGAUCAAAGUUCUUAUUGACAAUGUGUUAUUAGCUAUCAAAAUGAACAACUCUUUACAUUCCGUUCAACACAUUAACGAACAUAUGGCAAAAUACGUCCAACUCCCAGACAACUGGCAAAGCAAAAAUUAUGCCUUGGAAUUCCUAGAGACUAUCAACUAUAUUGUUCAGAAAGACAUGUUUGAAGAAAUAGCCUCAGCUGAUUAUCACACGUUAACAAUCGAUGAAAGUGCUGACAUAUCUUUCAACAAACGUUUCGUUCUCUACUUCAAAUUCAGACCUAAAGAUUGUACUGUAUAUAAAACCUAUUUUGGCGGAAUAGUUCAGCUACAGGCAUGUGAUGCUGCUUCGAUUGCUUUGGCAAUCAAACAGUUUUAUGAUGAGAUGAACCUUGCACUCCAUAAAAUGGUGAUGUUUGCAUCUGACGGAGGAUCAGUAAUGCUAGGUUGUAAUGGUGUCGCCACAAAACUGAAACAAGACAUUCCAUACUUAGUCCAACAACACUGUGUAAUACACCACGAUGAUCUAGGCAUUGGUGAUGCAUGGGAAGAGGUUGAGUUAUUAAGAGACAUUGAAAUUUUGAUGAAAACAAUCUAUAUUGUAUGUUCCCGAUCUACUGGUACAAGAUGCAAAUUUAAAAAAAUUGCAGAGGCCUCUGAAAAUGAAGCUGUUAAUUUCAGACUGCCUAAUGAGGCCAGAUUGUUAUCUAGACACUUUGCACUGCAGGCAAUAUUAGAAAAUUAUGAAGCACUGGUCAUACAUUUUGAGACAGAAAAGUUAAAUGAUCCUGUAACUAAAUACUGUUACAAGAAAUUGAUAAACCUCACAUACAAAGUAGCUCUACAGGUUUUAAAUGACGUCUUUGAGGAAAUAACCGCAUUGUGCAAGAUUCUGCAAAAGACUGGCUUGACCACAAUCGAUUCACUUCAUUUUGCUCGAGGCAAAAUUAACAAGAUAAGAAAACAGUAUCUGGGAGACCAUGUCCUGUGGAGCAACAAAGUUAAAGUUUUGCUAAGCCAACAGCAUGAAGAAAACUUGAAAGUAGAUACAAGUUCAUUGUUGGCUUUUAUAAAUCAUCUUUGUGUUCAUUUAGAAGAACGGUUUCCUGAAGAUGAGGUACAAGAAUGGUCAGCUUUUGAUAUCUCUGCAAUUGUAGGAUGCGAGUUCACCUUUGGUGAUGAACAAGUUAAUGCUUUAUGUGUAAAAUAUCGGGACUUCUUAGCUGGAAAUACUGUAAUUGUCAGACAGUUUAAUGAUUUCAAAUUUUCUGUGCAGGAAAAAAUUAAAUCCAAACUGAUUUCAAACUUUGCUCAAAUGGUAACAUUUGUACUUCAAAAUGAACAGUUUUGUGACCUUGCAAAAUUGAUGGAUAUCGGAGGCACUUUUCUAGCAUCUAGUGCAGACUGUGAAAGAGGUUUUAACAUAAUGAAUCAACUCAAAAACAAGCUGAGAAACCAUCUGGAUGACUGUCAUUUGGAUAUGCUAAUGAGAAUCAAAAGCUAUCAAUUAGAUGGAAAUCCUGUUAGUCUAGAUAGAGUUUACAAAGAAUGGGUAAAUACCAAAGAAAAGAAAGAGGAAAAAUAACAGUGAAUUAAAUAUGUAUGUUGCUUGUACUGUAAUAUAUAUUUUCUAAACCCUUUUAAAUGGUGCUGUGUGUGAGAAUUUUCACUUAAGCAUGUGGAUAUCUUGUCAAGUGGCUUCAUAAUAAAUGAGUGUUGAUUUAACCA